UCAAGGUCAUAGAGGUUUUUCAGAGGAGCCCAUCUCUGAUCCGCAGACACAUCCAGGCUGAUGUUCACCACUGGAGGAGGAAAACUUGCUGUCGAUACGCAGAAAUAAGUUAACAGUGGAAAAAUCUGAAGCUUCAUGGAAAAAACUGAUCCUAACUAAAGAUGAAGAUCGCUGUGCUCGGUGCAACAGGUCAAACAGGACAGCAGCUGGUAUUUCAGGCUUUACAACAGGGACACACUGUCACAGCCAUUGUCAGAAACCCUGCAAAACUCACUGUAACACAUGACAAUCUCAAGGUGGUUGAAGCAGACAUUUUUUCAGAAGAUGGUCUGAAACCGCACUUCAAAGAUCAGGAUGCUGUGCUAUCCUGUCUUGGCUUUCCAAUCUCAUUUAUCUAUGGAGUCACCGGCUACACCCAAUCUAUGAAGGCAGCAAUAAAUGCAAUGCGUGAUGUCAAAGUUAAUCGAAUCAUCACCAUGACAUCAUGGUACACUGAUCCUAAUUCGGGUACCAAUGCUUCCUAUCUUAUCCGCUUUAUGUUGCUACCGAUGAUUAGAAGUGUCCUGAGCAACAUGUAUGAAAUGGAAACCUUUCUAACGCAGACAGAUGACAUCAACUGGACUGUUGUCAGGCCUCCAGGUCUCAAAAACAUACCAACAACAGCCAAUGAGUUUCUAACUCACGAAGGUUACUAUGUUCCUGAUGAAAAUGGUCUUCCUAUUGGCCAGACUGUGUCGAGGGGAGAUGUGGCACGCUUCAUGCUCUCGCUACUCAACAACAAUGCUUGGAUGAAGAAGGCUGUUGCUAUCAUCACCAAAUGAAUUUGCACUACACUUAAAUCAUUUUUAUAUACAUUUUGUACACAUUAAACAUUUUAUAGCACUUGCCUAAUAUAACACUACUUUUUAAAUUUAAAUUGAUUAAAAAUAUGCACUUUCCUUUUACAUUGACUGCCGCAAAAAAAAAUCAGAUUGGAAUUGACCUGCAUUUUGUCUCUUUUUAACAAAUAGAGAUUUGACAUGCUUGUCAUCAUAAUUAGUGAAGUUAAAUGCAAUAUUUUCUAUUAAUGUCCAAAUAGCAAUAAUAUGAUGUAAACAAAGCAUUUUUCUUUUAUCUAUGUAUAAAAAAAUAUAGAAAGCAAACACUCAAAUACAAGGACUGACAAAAUAACUACUAACAUAACACUAAAUAAAUAAAGUACAUCUACUAGCUUUUGUAGCUCCUCAUAUCA